CAAUUCAAGCGGUACGUCGACAAUUUGUAGCGGACAAAUAAAAUCACGCGAAGAAGAACACCGACAAAUUAGACACCUACAUACACGUACAGGCACAUCCAUAGCGAUUCAUUAAAUUAAAGACAAUUUGAUAAAUAUGUCCGAUUCAAACAACAACGUCAUACGCCCCUUGAGCGCAGAACUGGAGCAGAACGCCCAGGAGCAGCUAGGCGAGGUGCCUGAGCGCAUACCCGAAGACAUUGAAAUGUUGCGAGUAUGGAUCUCGAAACAGCCACAUCUGAAAGCCUGCACAGAUGCCCAGUUUCUAGUGGCCUUUUUGCGUGGCUGCAAAUACAGUUUGGAAAAGACCAAACAAAAGUUAGACAAUUUCUACGCCAUGCGCGGUGCCGUCCCGGAGCUGUACAAAAAUCGCUUGGUAGAGAAUAAACAGCUUGACAUACUCAAAACUGGAUGUCUGCUCCGUCUCCCUAAGCCGCUAAAGGAAGCUGGCCCACGUAUACACGUCUCCCGCUACGGCCACUACGAUUCCAAUAAGUAUUCUAUUGCGGAAGUGCUGCAGGUGAGCACCAUGCUGGGGGAAAUACAAAUUCGCGAAGACGACAAUGCCAUGGUAAUGGGCUUUGUGGAGAUUAUCGACAUGAAGGGUGUGGGUGCAGGCCAUUUGUUUCAGUUUGAUGCAGUGCUGGUCAAAAAAUUGGCUGUGUUGGGAGACAAGGCCUGGCCCUAUCGCCCCAAGGGUUUUCACUUUGUCAAUGCACCAACUAGUGCCGAGAAAUUUAUGUCAAUAGCUAAGAGCUUGAUGAGCGAAAAAAUACGCAAGCGCUUCCACAUACACUCCAAACUAGAAAGUCUAUACGAAUACGUGCCAAAAGAGUGUUUGCCAACAGAGUAUGGCGGCAGUAAUGGGACUAUUCAGAAUGUUGUCGACACAUGGACCCAGAAACUGCUGUCAUACAAAGAAUUUUUUGAGGAGGAUGCACAAUAUGGCACAAAUGAGAAGCUGCGGCGUGGCCAGCCGGUAAACUCCGAAUCCUUGUUUGGCAUAGAGGGUUCUUUUAGAAAGUUGGAUAUUGACUAGUUCAAUACUUAGAGUAAUAAAGAUUGAAGAUAUGUUAACUAUAUAAGAAUAAAUAAAAAGUAAAACACCUAAAAUGCCAAGAAAUAAAAUAAAAAACAAA